ACCUUACGGUAUUAAAUGCCAAAAGGUAGAAGAAAAGCAUAAAAGAAGGUCCUUUUCUCUUCGUUAGACUUAUAGCCGGAGUCUAAAGCAGCAUGGAGACUCUACAAGGCUCCUACGAUGGCGGAGGGAGUGGGUUUUUCUUCCCUCCGGCCGGCUCUCCUCGCUCAGCAAUGUCCCGACACCAAUACCCAGCGCCAGAGAAAGGUCACUUGCCUUCUCAGCCUCCUACCGUCCUCCAUUGGUUCCGACUGGACUCCCUUCGCCUCAGCGACAAUCCUGCCUUCCAUCAUGCCGUAUCUUCCGGCAAGAGACUCAAAGCGGUCGUUAUUCUUGAUCCCUGGUUCAACAGCAAUAACAAGAGCGGGCCUUCUGCCAACGUCUGGCGAUUCUUGUUAGAGUCAUUACACGAUUUAGACAGUCGCCUACAGAAAAGACCAUACAACACAAGGCUCAAUAUCUACCUGGGGCAACCCACCGUAGUUUUGUCUGCUUUAUUUCACAAGUGGAAUGUGUCUGAGCUAACCUUUCAAGCUUCCCAGACAAGCCUUGAGUCAAAGAAACAUGACGAGCUCAUAAAAUUUGCUGCCGACAGUCAAAACGUGAAAACGACCUCGUUCUACUCCCACACUCUCUACAACCCUGAGGACAUCCUUCGUGCCAACAAUGGCCGGUUCCCUCAUUCCUAUAAAGAGCUCCGUCGUCUCCUCCCGCUAGUCGGGCGUCCACGAGAACCUUUUCCUGAACCAGAUCCAGUCCUUGUCCUCUUGCGACAAAACUCACCGGAAGACCAAGACCUGGAGGAGCCUGAGAACCGUAUCCCAUCACUUCAGGAUCUUGGGUUUGGACUAGAAGAGACGCUUUACACCAAUUCGUGGGUUGGAGGAGAAACCGAGGGACUUAGUCGCCUCUCGAAUUUCUGUAGUCGUCGUUCGACGCAGCCAAACGAACCAAUCACUUGGUUAAUCAGUAAAGACUCUCUCGGGCCUUACAUUAGGUUUGGCUGUCUCUCGGUCCGUCAGUUAUUCAGUCAGCUCCGUCAGUAUGCAUCCACAUCAAGCAAAGGCCAGGUCCUGUUUGCAGAACUCACUAAGAAUCUCUUAAUGCGAGAGUUUGCGUACAUGGUCGGACUGACGGUUCCCAAGUUCGACACGAUGAAGGAUAACCCUCUCUGUAUUCAGCUCCCGUGGGAAGAGAACGAGCGAUUCUUCUACGCCUGGAAGGAGGGGCGAACAGGGUAUCCAUGGAUCGAUGCAGCAAUGCGUCAAAUCGUCCGUGAUGGCUGGUCGCAUUACUCCACUCGUCAGAGCAUUGCCGUGUUCCUCACCCGGGGGUACCUCUGGAUCAGCUGGGAGAAAGGGCUCGAGUUCUUUCAAGAACACAUGCUUGAUUUCGAGCUACCGGUCUCUACAGUCUGCUGGAUGCAGAGCUCUUGUUCCGGAUUUUUUGUAGACUUUAUUGAGAGCUACGACCCGUGUUACAUUGGAAAGCAGAUGGAUUCCGACGGUCACUUCAUAAAACUCUAUGUCCCCGAGCUUCAGGAUUUCCCUUCUGAUUACAUCCACACUCCUUGGCUUGCCCCUCUCCAUGUCCAGCAGCAAGCAAACUGCAUCAUUGGGAAGGAUUACCCUAAACCGCUUGUUGAUCUCUGCUCGCAGGGCGAAUUGUGCUGUCAGCGCGUGAGGUCCAUCUUGACUGCGUUAAGGGAGUUAUACGGUGAUAAUCCAUAACCAUUCUUAUUGCUCUGACACUCUACACUCAUUCUUGGAUACUGUCAAUGUUCUAUGUCUGCUACACAUUCCUCCUCCUCCUUCUCAAGUAUUAGCUUGCCCUUUUAACUUUAUUGUAGAUGUACUAGCAGUGCAUGUAUCUCUAUGCAGUAUUCCUCGUGUAACGUGAAAUGUACUUCAAUUUAAUAAUAAUCAAUAUUUUCAAUUAAUGUUACACUAUGUUGUUCCCCCUUUCUCUCUAUGCAAUGUAUGUGUAUGUGUUAAUGAAAAUGACCAUCAUUGUAAUUUUAUGCUGCAGUCCUUAAGUGUAUAAUUUUAUUGUUUUUUCUGGUCUUUUUGUUAAUAAUUUAUUGAGUCUUUUUAAAAAUAAUUAUUAAUUUGUUAAUAAUAUAAAAAUA